CCACAGUCUAUCCAUUUUUGUCCUUGUUCUUCUACUUUACUUUCACGUCCCCCCAAGCUAGCCUUCAGCCACUCCACUUUGUGACCCCAGUCCACUCCACACAUAUGAAUCUCGUGCAUAAUCCCCCACACCUUUUAACCCCUCCAAUAAUCGCUAUACGACACAAUUUGUUUUUGUAAAAAAAACAUGUAUGUAUCGAUUGUUUUGUGUCGGAUUAACUUUUUUAUUUGACCUGUUCGGUUGAUUUUUGAAGACUUGAAGCUCUCGUUUCACUUAUCAACAUUAGAUUUAAGAAUGUCAGUGGCAUCGGUGGAUCUGACUCAAAACGACAGUGUGAAAAGCGUGGAUAGUGACGAUAAUAUCGAUUUCUCAAAGCUGCUAGAUAAGCCUAGACACUUGAACAUAGAGAGACAGAGAUCUUUGGACGAGAAGUCGCUUGUUGAGGCAUCGCCCCGUCACCCUUUGAUCGCAGAAAAUGGCCGGCAUAUGGAUUUCGAGAAUGUUUUUUCACCAAGUAAGAGAUCAUCAUUCAAUUCAUGUAAUGCUCAGUAUGGGCUUGAACCACAUCUGAUGUUUGUUGAGGCUUGGGAGGCAUUAAGGAAGACAAUGGUUUACUUUCGUGGUCAACCAGUGGGAACUAUUGCAGCACUUGACAAUUCUGAUGAAAAGUUAAAUUAUGAUCAGGUGUUUGUGAGAGAUUUCGUUCCAAGUGCAUUAGCCUUCCUAAUGAACGGUGAACCUGAAAUUGUGAAGAACUUUAUUUUAAAGACUCUCAGGCUGCAGUCAUGGGAGAAGAAAAUCGAUCGAUUCCAACUAGGAGAGGGUGUGAUGCCAGCUAGUUUUAAAGUACUUCAUGAUCCUGUUCGUAAUACCGAUACUAUUAUGGCCGAUUUUGGAGAGAGUGCAAUAGGGCGAGUUGCUCCUGUCGAUUCAGGAUUUUGGUGGAUCAUAUUGCUUCGAGCAUAUACAAAGUCAACAGGUGACACUUCACUAGCUGAAAUGCCUGACUGCCAGAAGGGUAUGCGGUUGAUACUCGCCUUGUGUCUUUCUGAGGGUUUCGAUACAUUCCCAACUCUUCUGUGUGCUGAUGGCUGCUCCAUGAUCGAUAGGAGAAUGGGGGUGUAUGGAUAUCCAAUAGAGAUACAAGCACUUUUCUUCAUGGCAUUAAGAUGUGCUUUAGUUUUACUCAAACAAGAUGAUCAAGGGAAAGAACUUACUGACCGGAUCGUGAAACGUCUUCAUGCAUUAAGCUUUCACAUGAGAAGCUACUUUUGGUUGGACUUGAAGCAACUGAAUGACAUAUAUCGGUACAAAACAGAAGAGUAUUCUCAUACCGCAGUCAACAAGUUUAAUGUAAUGCCCGACUCACUUCCCGAAUGGGUUUUUGACUUUAUGCCAACUUACGGGGGAUACUUCCUGGGAAAUGUGGGGCCCUCGAAUAUGGACUUUCGUUGGUUUUGUUUGGGAAACUGCAUUGCCAUUCUUUCGUCUUUAGCCACACCCGAACAGUCAACGGCCAUUAUGGAUCUUAUAGAAUCGAGGUGGGAAGAGUUGGUUGGAGAUAUGCCUGUUAAGGUUUGUUAUCCUGCCAUUGAAGGUCAUGAUUGGCGGAUUAUUACUGGAUGUGAUCCCAAGAAUACUAGAUGGAGUUACCACAAUGGAGGAUCAUGGCCAGUGUUGUUAUGGCUACUUACAGCUGCAUGUAUCAAGGUGGGACGGCCUCAAAUCGCGAGGCGAGCGAUUGAGGUGGCAGAACUUAGACUUGCAAAAGACGGGUGGCCAGAGUAUUACGAUGGAAAGAGUGGGCGGUACAUUGGAAAACAGGCUCGCAAGCAUCAAACAUGGUCUGUUGCGGGUUAUUUGGUGGCUAAAAUGAUGCUAGAGGAUCCUUCACAUUUAGGUAUGAUAUCACUUGAAGAAGAUAAACAGAUGAAACCCACCAUUAAAAGAUCAUCUUCAUGGAGUUUUUAGUCUUCAUUUUUUCAGUUGGUUUGUAGGAAGAGAUGCAUGAUUGAAGUUUUUUUUAGAUUCUCAUUUGGCACAAUAAUUUGCUUAUUCAGUUACUAGAUUUUCUUUUAAAAUUAUCUCAAUUGCCACGA